CAAUAAUUGGGAUAAGUUAAAAUCCUAAAUGAUAGAGCUCAUUCUUCAAAUUGAUAUCAUUAAAUAUUAUUAGUUUAUAGGUUCUAAACGCAAUGUAUUACAGAACUAACAACCUACGGAAAGAAUCGUUCAAAUGGCGAUUACACGAGAUGAUACACGCCCGCCGGGUGGCAGAUACGAACAAGUCCCAGUUAAUGAACAUUUUGCCGAUUCCAGAAGAAGUUGCAUUAACUGGACUCCCUCCAGAUUGGGGUAGGAUUCCGCUCUACCAGCACAUUCCAAUGCCUACCAUGGCACCAGCCGGUAAAGUCCAAUUUACCCGAGGAACCUUAGGUGAAAAUAUACUACGAAUGUCUAAAACCUUCGAUCUAGGGGACCCGUACUGUCACGAUCUCAAACUUGAGUAUGAGCCUAUACAUGACCCAUACUUGAAACAUUUCCUACUAGCAUCCCACGUCAAGAAGUACAUUGAGGAUUCGGGUGUCAUUACAAGCCAAAAUAAGGUUAAAUGUAGUCCAAAGAGUUAUAAUGCCUAUAGGCAUUAUAUGUGGACUGUACAACGUAAUGGCAUCAAAGAACAACUUUUGAAAAAAGAAAAGCAGCACCUCUUAAGGAAGAGGUUCGUUGACUUUUUACAUGUAGCGAAUCAUGUUAAAGCCCAGCAUUUAAAAGUGAGAUCAGUGGAGAAAGGAAUGAUUGUCAGAAAAUUUGUUAGGAAGCUCAACGUGUUAUUAGAAAACAUGUUAAAAGAACAGCGUAAAAAAGAAUCUGAAGCUGGCACGCAGAAAGUAGUCAACGAAAGAAAUGAUCUAUGGAUAAUCCAUCUAGUAAAAGAAAGGGAUUAUCCAAAUUUAAAAGCAUUGUAUAAAAGGCGUGCAUUCGUAGCUACGGCCUAUAAAGGAGUCAACUACGUCCUCAAAUGGAGGGACCACUACCUCUGGGUUGACGAAGUGCAGGAUCUUAGGGAACGAUGCAGACAACUCAGAGAUAUAAAACUCGAUUUAAACUGGGAUAGGAAAAUAGCUGAACAGACCAGCUUAUUAAGAAGAGAUUUUAUCAUUUUUAAUGAUUACCUCAACUAUUCGGCGAGAAGAAUGAGAAACAGAGAAAGGUGGUAUCAGAUGGACCGCCUUGCAAUGAAAGGAAAGUUUGAACGCCUGCGUUACGACAGGGACUAUUCCAUAAUUAAAAAGUUACAGAAGAGGAGGAAAUAUGGGAUGGCCGCCGAUUUUUUAAUGGAUAGAAUAAGACAUGCUCCAUUGGCCGUCAGGGCUUGGGAGCUACAAUCUAAAAGAAGGGUGUAUUACCGACCAAAACGGUUGCGUCUUAUCCAAAUACCUGGCAAAUCUUUUAUUCCAAGAACUGGAAUGCCGGUUCACUCUUCUGGUCUUCGAGGAAGACUACUUGCUGGGUACCUAGGAAAAAAAAUCGCUCACACGUGGCUGAUCCAAAUGACCAAGCGUGCUGCCUUCAGAGCUCUAAAAGUAGCAUGUAUCAAUCAGCUGGGGACUUGCAUGGUGAAUCUGAAAUGUAUGAUAGGCCGAAUAAUACAUAACCAGACUUUCCCGAUGAGAACAAUUAAAGACCUAGGACCACGAUACAACUGGGCGAGGAAGCUACCAUACAAAGCAGUCGCUGAGAAUUGGGAUCCAAAACUCAUCGUAAGAAAAAAACUUAUUUUGGCCAUAAGAAGAUACGUGAAACACGAACGAAGGAGACUGAGGAUGACCGAAGAAUGUCCUGAGUGGUCAUAUUAUGACAAGAGAGCAGCUAAAUAUAACAGUAAGGAACUCUGUAUUCCAUCACACUGGAGGAAAUUAAAACUUUAUUUUCCUCUUAUUGCUGAGCAGUACCACAAAUCUGAUUGGAAACGAAACUGCAAGUCCCUAGGAAAGUACCUACUUUACAUCCUAAUACAUAAUCAGUCAUUCACCGUUAAGCGGAGAAAAGUGUGCAGUAACCUCACUCAACUUAGAGCUACAAUUUGUAAACUAAAAAACAAAGUACGAAUUGUGGCUGAUGCCAUACAAAGGAUCAUUGCUAAAAAAAUAAGGUUAUAUUAUCCGGAUAAUAUAAAAUAUCACCUUCACAUUACGAGGGGACACGUUCGAAGUCUAUUACCGAAGAAUCCAGCAGAUGGAGAUGGAUUCUGCAAAGGAUUUUUAUAUAUGCUUGGUACUAUGAGUUUGGGACAUAUUAACUUUCAACAUAUUAUCCCCUUUGCAGAUAAAUUUAUGUUAUACAUUUGCUUUCCGAAAAGAUUUCCACUCCAUUUUAAGGCGUAUCCACUUGAUUUUUACAAAAGAAGACAGCUUCGUGACAGAGUUUACCACUAUGAGACAAGUCCUUUUGCAAAUCUGGAGUUCUAUCAAAAAGUUUUGAAAAUACGGAAACUACGCCAAAAACAUGAAAAAGAUCUGCAAUUUAUAAUGCAAGUUAUUAAUCCAAAAACAAAAAAAUUCAUGCUGUUAUGUAAAAAGAUGAAAUAUUCGAAAUACCGUGAACUUUAGAUAAAUAAAGUUUUAUUUUUGGUAA